AUGCCUCCCAAGAAGGGUAAGGAGCCCGUGGCCAAGAAGGCCACGAAGUCGGUCGAGGACCGAACUUUCGGCAUGAAAAAUAAGAAGGGCGGUGCUGCACAGAGGGAAAUCUCGCGCAUGCAGGCAAACCUUAAGAACAGUGGCUCAGCGGAGGAGAAGAAAAAACAGGCUGAGAAGGCGGCCCGAGAGCGUGAGAAGAAGGCGGCCGAAGAGGCCAAGAGGGAUCUGGAGGCUAUGAUGAACAAACCAGCGCAAGUUCAGAAGGUUCCUUUUGGCGUUGAUCCCAAGACAGUUGUGUGCAUCUUUUACAAGAAAGGCAACUGUGAGAAGGGCAAGAAGUGCAAGUUUGCACACGAUCUUUCUGUUGAGCGUAAGACAGAAAAGAAGAACUUGUACAACGAUUCACGACAAGAGGAAGAGGAGAACAAGAAGGCCGAGACUUCAGCAGACUGGGACGAAGACAAAUUGCGAAGUGUGGUUUUGUCAAAGAAGGGCAACCAGCAAACCACAACCGAUAAAGUGUGCAAAUUCUUUAUCGAGGCCAUCGAGGAUGGCAAGUAUGGUUGGUUCUGGAUUUGCCCUAACGGAGGAGAUAAGUGCAAGUAUAAGCAUGCUCUGCCACCUGGAUUUGUUCUGAAGACCAAGGAGCAAAGAGCAGCAGAGAAGGCGCUCUUGGACAAAUCACCACUCAAGACCCUGACACUCGAGGACUUCUUAGAGUCUGAGCGACACAAACUGACCGGUACUCUUACGCCAGUCACCCCCGAGACUUUCGCGAAGUGGAAGAAGGAUCGUCUCGACAAGAAGGCAGCCGAGGAGCAAGCGCGCAAGGCCAAGGAGAACACUGGUCGUGCUCUGUUCGAGAGUGGCAAGUGGAGAGAUGAGGAUGAUUCCGACGUCGAUGAUGACGAUGACGAUGUCUGGAACCUGCAGAAGCUUCGUGAAGAGACAGAGGCUGUCCGUUCGAAGAAGGAAGAGGAACGUCUGCUAUCAAGCUACGAUACUCCCAAUAAUGGCACUACGGGCCAGGCAACACCGGCAGAGGAUACUCCAGCUGAGACUCCAGCUGAGACAGCAACCGGAUCUUGA